UCAUACAAUUGGCCACCCAAGAUGAACUUACGGGUUCAGCUAUGUUAUUUGGACUAAGAUGCAUUUGGGAAAAUUUAAAUCAAAGACAAAAAGAGUUAUACAAGUUUUAUGAUGUCGAGCUUCUUAGUUAUAACAAUGAGCAGGACAAGGUGAUAGCCAUCAAUCAAUUAUCAAUUUGGUUAAACACUAUGACUCAUGUAGAACAAUAUUAUUUUAUACCAUGGAACAUAGGCAAGCAUUGGAUGUUGAUUAUAGCAAUGACAUCGGGAAGAGUUGUAUUCUUAAACCCGCUUAAAUCUAAAAUCCCGUCAGACAUUGCUCAGAUGAUAAAGGCUGCAUAUGCAAAUAUUAGUUCAAAUGCUAUUGUAUUUGGCAAAAAUGGACCGGAGAUAUGGACCUUUGCUUGUCCAAAGCAACCAUACAAUUACGAAUGUGGUUACUAUGUACUAACUUACAUUCGUGAUAUGCUUCAACAUUCAAAUCCCAUUGAAGCCAUAAAAGCAAAAUUUGGCGGCCUAUCCCAAUAUUCUGAGGACGAUCAUCUCUUACCGCUUCGACAACAGUGGUUAAGUCAAUUGCUUCCCUUGAUAUAUAAAAAUUAACUAGUAGUCUUUUAUUGUAUUUUUUUAGACAAUGUGUAG